GUGGACCAGCAGACCCCACUCUGACCCAAGCCUGAGCAAACGUCUAAUUGAGAGAAGCCGGUCUACACUUCCACCCCACAGCUCCGCGGUGCAGAAGUCUGCCCAGCUGAUGUCUUAACUCCAGAACGCGUAUGGAGAAUACAGCCUAAGGACCCAAAGGUUCGAAUCCCCACUCAGUCCCAGCGAAGGAGGCGGCGAGGCUGACCAAGACGCGCGGUCAGGCCCGGGGACUCCUCGUCCACGGACUCCGCGAAUCUUUCUGACCUCCCUGGGCCCUCAGCAGCCAAUUCCACUCACUUCUCGGAGGGUCCGGCACAGCAUGGUCCUCGUGCCCAGCCUGCCACCACAGAGGCCAGGUGACAAGGAGGAAAAAGAAAGGUCAACAGCCGCUGCCUGUACUACAUGGGCGCAGCCAUCUUUGACCGUCACGGAACCUUUCAGCACCGAGUACUUAGAUUGGUAGAAUUGCAGCCCGAGGAAAUGAUCUUUGCACGCGAUUGGUUGGAGCCGCAAAGCGAGUCCCGCGGGUCAAGAGAGCGGGUGGCAAGGAGACUCCGGGCUAGGGUCGCGGCGGGAAUCUGGAAGCGUUUGGUCCUCCGUGGCGUCCGGAUCGCGAGUGGAGUCGACUUGUCCCGCUGACUGCUCCCGGGACAGGGCAGGGUUCUAGGGGUUUUGUUUUUGUUUUCGCUUUUAGAGGGAGGGGGUGGAAGGGAGGAGGAGAAUGGACAGAAUACUGACUGGAAAGUUAAUUGGAGCAUUUCAGAUGCGAAUAGCGGAAUAAUUCCGUAUUCUUCAUUCAGUUGCUCCAUUAGGCUAACUUCAUUUCUAAAUUCUCAGUUUUGAAAUCGGCCACUGUAUUUGGCAGAAUUUGGCCGAAUUCAGGGGUGAGAGUUUGAUCCAAGCUAAGUGCAUUUUAAUUAGGGCUCUCAAUUCAACCACUGUUUACAAUGGAAUUUCUGAAGAUCUGUAUACUUAGAAGAAAUGCAUGUACUGCGGUUUGCUUCUGGAGAAGCCAAGUUGUACAAAAACCGUUAAUUAGAAGGAUUAGUACUACCUCUCGAAGGAACUCUGUCAUGCCGGCUUGGGUCAUAGAUAAAUAUGGGAAUAAUGAAGUGCUUCGAUUUACUCAGAACAUGAUGAUACCUAUAAUACACUAUCCAAAUGAAGUCAUUAUCAAAGUUCACGCUGCGAGUGUAAAUCCUAUAGAUGUUAAUAUGAGAAGUGGCUAUGGAGCUACGGCUUUAAAUAUGAAACGUGAUCCUUUACAUAUUAAAAUCAAAGGAGAAGAGUUUCCCCUGACUCUGGGUCGGGAUGUCUCUGGUGUGGUGAUGGAAUGUGGACUUGAUGUGAAGUACUUCAAGCCUGGAGAUGAGGUCUGGGCUGCAGUUCCUCCCUGGAAACAAGGCACUCUCUCCGAGUUUGUUGUAGUCAGCGGGAAUGAGGUCUCUCACAAGCCCAAAUCACUCACUCAUACUCAAGCUGCCUCUUUGCCGUAUGUGGCUCUCACAGCCUGGUCUGCCAUAAAUAAGGUCGGCGGCCUGAAUGACAAGAAUUGCACAGGAAGACGUGUUUUAAUCUUGGGCGCUUCAGGAGGAGUUGGUACUUUUGCUAUACAGGUAAUGAAAGCAUGGGAUGCUCAUGUGACAGCGGUUUGCUCUCAGGAUGCCAGUGAACUUGUAAGGAAGCUUGGGGCAGAUGAUGUAAUUGAUUACAAAUCUGGAACUGUGGAAGAGCGGUUGAAAUCUUUAACACCGUUUGAUUUUAUCCUUGAUAAUGUUGGUGGAUCCACUGAAUCAUGGGCUCCAAAUUUUCUCAAGAAAUGGUCAGGAGCCACAUAUGUGACAUUGGUGACUCCUUUCCUCCUGAACAUGGACCGAUUGGGCAUAGCAGACGGCAUGUUGCAGACAGGUGUCACCGUGGGCUCUAAGACGUUAAAGCAUUUCUGGCAAGGAGUCCAUUAUCGCUGGGCCUUUUUCAUGGCCAGUGGUCCAUAUCUGGAUGACAUUGCACAACUGGUGGAUGCAGGAAAGAUGAGAAAACUGGCUCAAAGAGAUGAAGGGACACGCUCAAGUUUGCAGAAGUCGGACCAGAACUCACGCUUCCUGACUCCUGUGCUUUUCCGUCUCCAUCAUUCAGCUGCAUUCUCAGUGCUUGAAGUUGAUCUGGGACUUUAGCUUAAGUUGUCUUGUCCUUGUCGUUAUAAUGGGCAGGGAAAGGGGUUGGAGCAGGGCCUGCAUUACACCACAUAAUCCAUGCUAAGCCAUUUGCAAAGAGCCCCUUGAGGUGGGCUUUCUUCUGCUGGCACCUGCCCCUUGCUGACCUGUUUCAUCUUUCCAUUUCAGUUUUGGAAAGGAAUGUUUUUAGGAAGUACUGGCUGCUUUUUGUGCAUUUAGUUUUUUAAAUCUAUUACAGCCAAAGAACUUAUGAUAGAAAAUGGCCUGCUUCUGUUCUCAGAUUUUUUGGUUCCAGUUUUGUGUGCCGUUUCUCAAACUUCUAAGUCUUGAUGUGUACUAGAUAGACAGAGGCUCAGCCUUAUUGUGAUGUACGUGCCUCUUUGUAGGGUUCUUCCCGCAUCCCACAGGGAUGCUUAUUUUAUUUCUAGGAAGAGGGAAAUGAACUGUCAUCAAAUAAUUUGGCCCAUAGUUCUACAUAGAGCUUCAUAUGGUUGGAGCCCCAUCAUUAGAGAGGUCCCUGUCCUCCAAAAGUACCCCACACGAUUGUGCUUGUCCUGAUACCUGCUCCAGGCUGUCCACAUGCUUACCAUUGCUCUUUUGUAUUCAAAAUAUUGUGAUUCUCUUUCUCUCUACCUGGAAAUUACUAUUUAUGCAACAGAGAAGAGAGGAGACUUGUGUAUAUGUACCUAUUAAAUUUGGCAGGUAACUGAUAGAAUGGCUAAAAGAGAACAUGAUAGAAAUAAAGAUGCCCUUGAAGUAUCCUUGAACAAGGGUGAGUGAGAAAAUGUUCCUUUGGCCUUUGAUUCUCCUCUCUUCUGACCAGGGUUAUUUGGCCUUGGGAGUCACUUCUGCCAGUGAAGGGCUCUGGGACUGUGGAAGUUGAUAUGUGACACUGGAUGCCAGGAUGAAGUCAGCUGUCUUGUCACGCGUCCUGCUUCUUUGUGGGUGUGCGAGGUCAUUGACUUGUCUGCGCUGGGAAACUGGAAAAGAUAACAGAACACAUCUAUUUACAUUUUGUAUGGUUAGUAAAGAUUGUUAAAACUGAAUGAGAACAUUGAAAUUCUUCCAAGCUUUGACUGCAUAUUUAAUGAAUCUAAUUAGCAGAUAUCUGAUAGAGGAACUGUAGUUGUUUUUUGACAGUGUGAAGCGAUGAACCAAAAGAGCCUACUCUUUUGAAAUACUGUAAGUUUUUGAAUAGAUAAUACAUUUACAAGGUUCAGAAUCCAAAAGGUAGGAAAAGUAGUUUCACAAAAUCUUCCUUUGACUCCUGUCACUCAGUCACUGAGAUUCUCUUAGUCAGACACCAAUUCUAAUCUGCAUAAGGUUCUCUUAGUCAGAAACCAAUGUUACCAGUGUCUUGGGUAUUCCAAAGAUGGUCUGUGUAUCAAUAGGGUGAUACAAAGAAUGACUUAUAAUUAGCACAUUGUGUCAUGGACUGCUACUGAAAUUGUGCCUUGUGCUUAUAGUUUAUUGGCAUUUUUCUCCUAAGCACAAUCAACAUUUCCUGUUUUUAUACUAUGCAGCAAACUUUUUUUGGUGGGGAGUGGGAGACCCAUAGCAAAAAGUAUAUUCAGGCCAGACAUACAUCAUCGAUUAGCAUACUCAAAGAUUAGAAAUAGGAAACCCUAACACAUAUCUGGUUUACUAUCCUCACCUUCCCCAACCCCCCAUCCUGUCAUUGUGUCACAUUUGAAGAGACAGAGGCCCUAAGGGAUUAAAUGAUGUGUUCAAGGUCACACAGCUAGGCAGGGCCCAGGUCUCUCGACCUCUAGGACAGUUCCUUCCACCACCCUUUGUUGCCUUUAAGAUUCAGGCAGUAAUAGUUAUAAAAUAAAUCCCUCAUCCAACCUUCAUUGUUUUCUGCUUGUUUAAGUAGUCAUCCAGACAUUAGAUAGGUGGAGUUUGAAUUCUAUCUACAAAAUCCUCUUGUAUUUCUCAGUAUCUUUCAGGUUUGAGAGGAGGUGGUGAGGCAGAUCCUUUAGACCCUAGUCAGCUACUGAUAAGAAUGACGGUGCUUUGAGGGAAAAUAUUUAUACAUAUUUGGUUUAUAUGCAUGUACUAGUUUCUUCUUGCUGCUGUUAAAAAAUUACCAUAAACGUAGUGGCUUAAAACAACACAAACUUAUUAUCUGAUAGUUCUGGAGGUCAGAAGUCCAAAAU